ACAAGGGCCAUCUUCCAAUUGUAUUCGUCGUAUAUUUCUCCUGUACCGUCAAUGACCAAGAAGGUGAGGCAGCAAGGGGAAGAAGAACUUUGUUGGGAGGGCACGGGAUUUGAUCUCCGACCCUCGUUCACUUAGUUACAGAGAUCAAACUGAUAUGGCUGCAGCAGGGUUCGCUGAUUUCACUUGUUCCCAGCUUGAACCCGAAGCCGAAGUAGAUGGAGCGUUGGAACAGAUUGAUCUGGACGAUGAGAGCUUCCUCCAACACUACUACUCCAUGCUCGGCGGCCAGUUAGAAUCGCCGAGCUCCACCAGGAAGCUGGGCCACAACGCCUACGAGCGAGAUCGAAGAAAGAAGACCAACGACUUGUACUCUUCGCUUCGCAAUCUACUCCCCGAAUCCAAACAAAAUAAGGAAAAGAAGGUAAGCAUCCCAAUGACCAUUUCCCAGGUGCUGAAGUACAUACCGGAGCUGAAAGCAGAGUUGCAGCAGCUGUCGCGGAGAAAAGAAGAGAUGCUUCUGGUGUUGCGGAGGCGCGAAGAAGAAACCCAUCGCGUUCAGAGUGUAGGCUAUCCCCUUAUUUCAGUUUCCUGUCUCAGCAACAGGGAAAUCAUGGUGCAGUUGUGUUUACUGAGCCAAGACGCCAUGAUUUCCUUGGCUGGAAUUCUGAGUGCUUUAGAUGGAGAGGGGCUUCAGCUUCUGAAUGCUUCAACUCACACCGCAGAGGACGGUAGGUGUUUCUGCAGCCUCCACCUUCAGGCAAGGGAAGCUUUCAAAACUGACAUCUUCGGCGACCAUCUCAUAAGACAGAUAAAGCUGCAGGAGGCAAGAGCAGAAUAUUCCGGCGUUGCUCCGGCCUUCAUGCACAUGUAAAUGCAUGCAUUAGUCGACGAGAUAUGAUAUGAUACUACUUUUUCCUUGGCUGAAUCUCUAUCUAUACUGUAUUUGCAUAUGUAUUCAUCAAGCAUGAAUAAUAUUUACCCCAAACCACUGUUGUCCGUUGCAUUUAUGUUCUAGAAUUUUGCAAAAUUUUAAAUCCGUAAAUUUUCAUCCUAAUUCAUCAAAUCCAAGAUGAACUAACCAAUGCAACUAUUAUAUAUUUUGCGCGAGGAGGAUAAUGUAUGCGCGUUUGCUUCAUCAAUUAAUCCAUAUACCUGUUC